GCAUUCCAAUCCGGGUACGAAUAAGAAACAGAAGAGUAAUAAAACCGAGACGUACUAAAUUAUCGUGAGUCCUUAAAUCAUUUGAGUUGCUAACAUCGUCAACACCGGUUCGCUUCUUCGUAGAUCUCAAGUUUUUAGUUCCAAAAACAGAAGUCUUGAAGAUCAAUCAACGGUCAUCAAUAAACAAAUUCAAAAUGGUUGGAAAGGAUGAUAUUUUUCCAGUAGCCAUCAUUGGUAUCGGAUGCAGAAUGCCCGGCGGGGUAACAACUCCUGAGGGAUUCUGGGAGGUUCUUCGAGAUGGUAAAGACUGCAUCUCCGAGGUUCCAGCAAGCCGCUGGUCUUUGGAUAAAUUCCACGAUGAAGAUCAAGCGAAACCAGACAGAAUGGUUACACGGCGCUGCGGUUUCAUAGAUGGAAUCGACGAAUAUGACAACACAUUCUUCAGGACAUCGCCAAAAGAAGCAGCAUCCAUGGAUCCACAACAGAGAGUGCUAAUGGAGGUAUCUCAUGAGGCGUUUGAGGACGCUGGCAUCAUCCCAGACGAGCUUAAAGAAUCGUGUGGUGUAUUUGUAGGCAUCGGUUUGAUGGACUAUCCCACUCAGAUCCUUGACGUUCAUUCAUCGUCAGUGAAUGCUUACACUCUAACUGGAGCAGCCCAUAGUGUUGCAGCAAACAGAAUAUCAUACGCAUUCAACCUGACUGGACCAAGUCUUGCUGUUGACACAGCUUGCUCUUCAUCAAUGACGGCGAUGCAUAUGGCAUGCUGCGCUCUAUGGAACCAUGAAUGUGACCUUGCUGUAUUAGGUGGAGCUAACGCUGUGAUUCUACCAGACACAACAGUUGGUUUCAGCGCACUUGGUGUUCUGUCCCCCGAUGGAAAAUGUUGCCCGUUUUCCGAUUCAGCUAAAGGGUAUGUUAGAAGUGAGGGAUGGGGAGCUAUGAUACUUAAACCCCUUGAUAAGGCUAUGGCUGAUAAUGACCAUAUUUAUGCAACAAUUAUAGGAACGACCGUUGGUGCAAGCGGCUACACUCAGAGUCUAACAAUGCCUUCGGCACCUGCUCAGCAGUAUUUCAUGGAAGAAACUUACAAGAAAUUUAACAUUGAUAUGAAUGACAUAGACUACCUCGAAGCACAUGGUACAGGUACACCUGUAGGAGAUCCCAUCGAAGCAGAAGCUAUCGGCAUGACAUUUGGACCACGACGUGCUAAACCACUCAAAAUUGGAUCAGUCAAAAGUAAUUUUGGACAUUGUGAGUGUUCAGCAGGUGCAGUGUCUACUAUCAAGGCUACCCUCAUGUUACACAAAGGUUACCUAGUCCCAACAAUAAACUACGAGAACCCAAACCCGCAAAUGGAUCUUGAUGCCUGGAACCUCGAAGUGCAUACUUCUCUCGACAAGAUUAAACCUGACACAAAAAGAAAAGCUAUCAUCGGAGUUAACAGCUUUGGUUUUGCAGGGUCAUUAGCACAUGCAAUCCUCCAAGAGGCACCCGACCAAAUCCCGAAGAAGAUAACAGAUCCUGUAGGCUGGUCAUUUGGGGAAAAUAACAAAUGUGGGAAGACAAUGAUCAUACCUUUAUCUGCAAAAUCAACAACAGCUCUUAAAGACCUGGCUGUAAAUUGGCAGACCUUCGAAGCAAAUGAAGACGCAAUUCAAGCAAUUGGAUGGCAGGCUACCCACAGAAAACACCAUGAAUGCCGCAUGGCUGUAUUUGCUAAAUCAGGAAUGGACUUCAAAAACAGGUUGAAUGAAUUUAUUGAAGAUGGAAACAGCGAUGGAAUUUUAACAGGCACAGUUUACGACGCAAAACACAAGAUCUGCUUUGUUUUUCCAGGACAGGGUCAACAGUGGGCACAGAUGGGAAAACAGCUUUACAGCACGGAACCUCUUUUUAGAGAAACGAUUGAGACAUGUGAUGGAAUCUUCCGUAAACUGAGUGGUUGGUCUCUCGUACAUGAUAGAUAUCUAUUCAAUGGUCAUUCGCAGAAUGAAAAUGUUUUGGAUGAUGAGAGCAUCAACGAUAUGGAAAUAAGCCAGCCAGCUAUUUUAUUUCUCCAGAUUGGGUUGUACGAGUUAUGGCGUCACUGGGGACUCAAACCAGAUGUAGUCGUAGGUCACAGCCUUGGGGAGGUAGCAGCAGCUUAUGCAUCUGGUGGUCUAACAUUGGAAGAAGCUGUUAAAGUUAUUUAUUAUAGAAGCAUAAACCAGGCUAUGCUCAAGGGUGCUGGAAGUAUGGUAGCAGUCAGACUGAACACAGAAGAGGCUGAAGAGGUAAUUAGAAAACAAGGAAACAUGUACAUCGCAGCAGAAAACGCUCCUGGUUCGCUAACGUUGGCAGGCUCUCUAGAAAGUGUUCAUAAUGUCGCCAAUGACUCCACGAUAAAAGCUAAAGAACUCAGAGUUCAGUGUGCUUUCCAUACACCUUACAUGGAUCCCAUGGAAAAGCCGUUCAGAGCGUCAAUGAAAGGAGCUGUAUCCACUCCAGCUGGUAAAACAACCAUUCCAUUUUAUUCUACGUUAACUGGUGAAUGUUACGAUGGCGAUUUCAAGACUGAUUACUGGUGGCAGAAUAUCAGGAACACGGUUAAGUUUCAGCCAGCUGUUGAAAACCUUCUGCGUGAAAUAGAUCCUGACGUCUUUAUUGAGUGUGCUGCUUCUGCUACUCUGCUAACGUCUGUGAAGCAGAUCGCUAAAGGCCAAGGUAAAACUGAUCUAAUCACAGUAACAUCUGGUCAACGAAAUCAAGAUGACAGGGUAUCGUUCUUGAACUCACUUGGAAAUCUUUAUACUAAUGGAUUAGACAUCAACUGGAAAAAUGUCACUAACGAUGCUGGGCAAUGGGCAGAUAUUCCAAAGUACCCAUGGCAACACGGAUCAUUCUGGAUUGAGGGUGCUGAAAGACGUCUGAAGAGACUUGGACUUGAUGACCUUACCUACAGUGGUGUGCAUGGUAACCUUACUUACGGAAAAUUUUCUUGUCUCACAGAUUACAUUGUCAAAGAUGAAAAUAUCUUUCCUGUCUCUGGCUACGUUGAGUAUGCAAUUCAGUCGUCAUUUGAUGAGAAUCAGAAGCCUGCAGUCGUAAAUAUUAACUUUAUGAAUGACUUAGUUUGGCCCGAGAGCCCAGAGGGCAGUGACCCGUGUGUUAUGUUGAAGAUGAAUUGUGUGAAAGAUGGUAGUUUUGUUGAAGUUAUCUCCGACGGAAAAAUUCUAAGCAGCUGUGAAAUUGCAUCAACCAGCCCCCAGAAUGUAGACGCAGUUGAUAUAAAAGCAGUCAAAUCAAGAUGUAACCUUCGACACAGUAAAGAUGAUAUCUACAAUAAUAUGUCUGCUCUUGGUUUCAACUACGGUCCAGCUUUCAAAGUUUUGGAUGAUGUGAUGAUUGGAGAUGGAGAGGCUAUUGGUUAUCUACGGGCUGCCAGUGAUAAAAAACAACGUAUUCAGACUACACUUCUAGACGGAUGUUUCCAACUCCUCUUACAUGCAACCAAAGAAACAAUCCUUUACCUGCCAGUAGCAAUAAACAAAUUGAAUAUGUGUGUAACAAAGCUUCCAGUUGGGCAACAGCUUCUAUCCUACACUAGAAUCACUGAUUGUAAUAGUAGACUACUGAUUGGUGACAUCUUAAUACUAACUGAAGACGGUUGCGUUUUGGCAGAAAUAUCAGGUGUAAAAUGUCAAAACGUAAAUGGUACAAAAUCUGAAGUAGAAAUUGAGAAAUGCUUAUAUGAAACUGUGUGGCAACCUUCAAAUGCAUGCUUGGGCAGUACGUCGAUCCUAAGUGAGGUAUUUAAGGACAUAUACCAAACUGAUGCAUAUGCUGAUGAACUAUCACUAGUACGAAGAGCAGAAAAAUGUACAUCUGCUAUGAGAGGAAUAGCUGUAGCAUAUAUUAAGAACGGUUUCAGCACAGUCGAUGAAUCUACCUACAAAGUAAAUCCACUAUACGUAAAACGCCUUAAAGUGAUCUGUCAAGAUGAAUUGGCUAUGGACAUUCCAUUCAAUAAAGUACACGAUAAAAUCAAAGAGUUAGGCGAAACAGUUCCUGAAUUAGACCAAGAAUUGCGAAUGAUCAAAAAUCUUGGGGAUAAUUUCCCCAAAACAUUGACAGAGCCAGGCAGUGCUGUAAAAAUCUUGUUCCGGCCUGAAUUCUUACCAAAUUACUUCAUAGAGUCACUAAGCACACGGUUGUUCUACAGAGCAGGAGCAGAUGUUAUUCAGAGGACAGUUAAAAAGGCACUGCAACAUAAACAAGUGGUGAGAAUUUUAGAAAUUGGUGGACGUAUGGGUGGCCUAUCAAAGUAUAUUUUGGAACCACUUAAAGAGCUUGGCGAGGAAAGACGUUUGGAAUUUAUAUUCACUGAUCUUAGUGUAACUUUCUUCAUGCAUGCACAGGGAACUCUGGAGGAAUAUCCAUUUAUUAAAUACCAACAACUCGACAUUGAAAAGGACAUUGUUAGUCAAGGUUUUGCUCCAGGCUCCAUAGAUUUGGUUGUCUGCUUAGACACAAUUCAUUCCUUAGUGGAUAUUCAUAAUGGCCUUGAUAACAUCAGGGAGCUUCUGACUGAUGACGGUAUGUUUUUGAUGUAUGAAGCAACUAAUACAUGUCAUGUAGCAGAGUUGGUAUUCGGUUCCCUGGAACUUUGCUGGGCAUAUACAGAUUUCAGAAAAGACAGAUGUUGGUUAUCUCAAGAUGGCUGGACACAAACUAUGACGGAUAAUGGCUUUGUCGAUGUCGUUGCUGAAACUACAGAAAAUGAAUUCUUCCACACUAUGUAUCUCGGUAGGAAACCAUCUAAAUCUGUCAAUGAACAAGCAAGAGAAGCCAAGAAAUAUAUGUUGGUUGUAGAUGGCACCAAUAGUCAGUUGGAAAGAGGCAUCAGAAAGAACCUGUCCGGUAGUAUAGCAACUGUGAAAUUUGCCCAACUUACAAACAUAGCAACUAAACUAGACGAAAAGCCAUGCGAAGUUAUCUAUAUUUGGAGUGAAGCUGAUGCGUCCAAUCAGAGUCUAUUGAGCCUACUUAAAACCGUUGAUAUGUCACCUGAAAGUUUUACUCGAGUUUGGGUAGUAACAUCUGGAUCCAAUUUAGCCGCACAGAAUAUAAUGGGAAGCACCGCCAUUGGCAUUGUCAGAAGUGUUACAAACACAUUCAACACACCGGUAUUCUCAAUUGACUUGGAUCCUAAAAGCCCAACUUCGGUUCAAGCGCAACUCUUUUCUAAUUACAUGGCGACUGAUGAUCAUACAGAGAGGGAGAUUGCCAUUCGAAAUCAAACAUAUCUCUAUCCACGAAUUGCAAACCUCUAUGCACAUGAAACUCCUUCUCUCUCAAGUGAAUAUUGGCAAUUAUCUCAAAAUAUCAACCCAGACAUCCCAUCACUCGAUGAUAUAGGUGUGUCCUACGUAAUGGAAAUGAUUCCAUCUGAUGGCGAAGUACUUGUACGAGUUCAAAGUGCAGCUUUGAAUUCAACUGACAUCAGUAAAGCGUUAGAAAUGCCAGAUGCAAAUAAACCAUAUGCUGAGAAGACCUUUGGAUGCGAAUUAAGUGGCAUUGUUGAGAAACUCGGCGAAGGAGUAACUUCAGUCAAAGUUGGCGAUGAAAUUAUUGGAUUUGGUGAGCAAUGUUUGGCUUCUCAUGCUAUCUGCAAUGCUAAUCUCAUAGUUAAAAAACCCAAAUGUAUUUCAUGGGAUAAAGGUGCAGGAGUGCCCAUUGCAUUCACUUCAGCAUAUCACAUUAUGGUUGAGCGUGCACAUCUUCAAAAGGGAGAGACUGUUCUUAUCCACUCGGCUUGUAGUGACAUUGGACUGAGUGCCAUUGCUGUAGCAAAAAUGAUUGGAGCAAAUGUAAUCUGCACUGAAGCAACACAUAAGAAGCGUAAAUUCCUAACAGAGAACCUGGGUAUUGAGUAUGUAUGUGCCUCUACCAACUUCUAUAAUGACGUCAUCAGAUUCACUAAUGAGAUGGGAGUUGAUGUUGUCCUGAAUUCACUUCACAAUGACUACCUAAUUUACGGUAUUAAAUGCUUAGCACCCGGAGGUCGCUUCUGUGAUAUAGGCAAACGAACAAAACUCCCGACUGCAAACUUCCAGGCUCUUCUAGAAAAUAAGUCAUUUAUUUCUUUCGAACUGGAUAACAUGAUAAAGUUACAGAAGAAAAAAGUACAAAAGCUAUUGAAAAAUGUAUCAGAUCUACUUCAGAAUAACUCAUUAAAACCAAUCGAAUCUCAUGUAUUUCCGAUUACCCAGUGCCAGGAAGUGUUUGCAAUGGCUGUCGAAGAUUCUCAUAUUGGAAAAAUAAUAUUCAGUGUAUCUGGUAAUGCCCGACCACAAAAGAUCAACCAACCAUCCAAGAUUUUCAAACAAAACGCAAGUUAUAUUAUCACUGAUGCAUUUGGAGGCAUCGGUCUACCAAUGUCUCGUUGGCUUGCAAGUAAGGGAGCAAAGCAUAUUGUGAUGGUGUCCCAACAGGAAUGCAUAAAUUCAGCCGGACAAAGAACUGUCGAAUAUCUCAGAAGCAUCGGUGUGAAUGUUUACCUGUUUUCAAAGGACUUGAGUAAGCCGGGUGAUGUGCAAAGCAUUUUUAAGGAACUUUCAAACAACAAAGUUCCAGCAGUCAAAGGCAUAUUCCUUCUUUCAGGCUAUAUCAGUACAUCAUCACUCCAUAAUCUCACACCAGCAGAGGCGGAAAAAAUCUUCACUUCCAAAGCUACCGUUGCCCAAAAUUUCCACAAUGAAACAAAUAAUGCUGACCUCGACUACUUUGUUGCUCUUUCCUCAAUCGUUAGCACCUCAGGCCACUGGUCAGAACCUGUGUUCGUUGCUGCUAACAGCUUUGUCGAUAGUUUAGCAACAGUGAGAAGAGAUAGCAACCUACCAGCUCUCAGUAUACAAGUUGGACCACUAACAGGCGCAGAAUCCAUCGACAUAAAUCCUGACAUCAAACAAGCAUUGACUGCUGGUGGGCAUCUUAGUCUCCACAUAGAUGAAUUUCUGAAGACAUUAUCAGUGCUUUUACAAUCACUCGAAGUUCCUCCAGUAGUAUCAUUUGCAAAUCAGAAUUGGACCGCCACUCAGGCCUGUAGCUACGAAGGCAACCUUAAAUUCAAACAUCUAGUCGAGGGCGAGCAAGUUGCAAAGACGGACUGUUCUCUUAGCUUAGAAGAUCUUGAACAAGUUGUCACACAAAAGAUGAGUAAACUUUUGUGCGUAGAUCCAGCAAGUAUCGAUAUAAAUCGACCAAUGAUAAACUACGGAGUCGAUUCACUGAUGGCUGUAGAAAUGGUGACAUGGGCCAGCAAAGAGCUAAGUGUUAUUGUCUCUCAAUUGGAUAUCCUAGGAGGCAUCACGACCAAACUAUUGCUCGAGAAGGCACUCAAUAACGAGUUAGUACUUCCAAUGAAGAUAGACUAAAUGCUUUAUAAAAGCAAUAUUUUAAACAAUAAAUAAAAGUCACAUUUGAUGUGCUAACUUAUCCUUUAACAAAGAACAGCGUGAUAUUAAUGUAAGCAUUAACAUCGGAGUCAGUCAAUUUUUGAUAUGUCAUAGUGAAUAUAAUGAAUAUUCUUUUAAUGAAUAAUUGUGAACGUUACAUUAUCGAAUUAAUCAUAAUGCAUUCUGUCUUAACAUAGACUAUUUUAUAUUGUUUUAAGCAUCAUAUAUAAAUAACAUUAAUUAUUAAGGAAAUGUUAAUGAGUCGUUCAUAGAAGAAAAAGUAAUUUUUCAUUUCAGUAUUUUCUCAGUAAUGUGUAAAUUAUCUAUAGGUAAUUAAUUAUUUAUUUAUAUUCAUUUAGUUAAAUAUUAUUGUUAUUAUUAACUAAAUCGUUAAUAUUAAUUAAUUAUUGAUAGUUAACACCGUAUGUGUUUAAUCAUAGUUUUGUAAAGGAGAUUUGUCGUUCGUGUAAAUUAUAUUAAUGCGAAAUUUAACAUAUACAAACAUAUACAAAAAAUGAAAUGAAUAUAUGCUAUUUGUUGUGGCAAUAGAGGAAAAACAAAACCACUUUUAAAUUGUUUUUAUGGAUAAACUUUACUUUUAUCACAAUUAAUCAGGCAACCUCCAUAAAGCGCUUCUUAUAUAAGCUCAUGAAGUACACAUAAUGUACAGAAUUUAAAAUUAAUUAUUUUUUUCAGCAGAAUUACUAAACAUUGUUCUUUUUUCCUUUUCCUAAUUUUAAUAAUCAUUUGGUUUUUGAGACCACAUUUUACUUCUUUUUCGAGUUCUUAUUAAUUAUUUAUAAUAAUUUUUAGUUUAUAUAAUUAUUAGUAUCACUGUAUUGUGGGUGUAUUGUAGAACAUGUACAUUUUAAUAGAAUAUAUUGGCGAGAUGGAGAAAUAAAUAAUCAGUGUUUAGAAA